AUGUCCAGGCAGUACGGAGAAGCCCGCGAGGACUUUGUCCGCAGCCCAAGCCAUCGUCGCGGCGAGCCACCUCCGGUAUCCAGAGAUCAUUCGCCCGAAUACUACUCCGGAGGGGGCGGGGAUCCUUUGGUUCACUCCAAAGGUCCAGCGCCUGACACCGGUCCUUAUGUAUCCGGUGCCAUCCCCCCCGAAGUAGCCAACGGUGCCGCGCGUUCAUACUACGAACUGGACUCACCACUCUCACCUCGCGAUACCAAUGCUCUGCAACUACCGCAGCCACCGCAAUACCGCCCACGUUCCGUCCCCCCCGCAGCUUUCGCCGUAUCAAGAGGUCGUCCGCGCUCUCGCUCCCGCUCUCGUUCUCGCCACCGUCCCCGAACUCCGCUAGGCAAGGCGCGCCAUGCUGUCGACCAUACGUUCUCGAACUCUUCCUCGGGGAUCGGCGUCGGUCUUCUCGGUGCCGUCGUUGGUGGUCUCGCUGCGCGGGAGGUUUCGGAUGCGGCUUUGCGCAAUCGCACCCGCAAAGAGAUAGAGAAGGGAACAUAUCACCCGCGAUCACCACACGACGCCGAGAAGGCGCGGGUGAUAUCUACGGUUGUCGGUGCUCUUGUCGGCGGGCUUGGAGCUAACGCGCUUGAGAGGCGAUUCGAAUCUGCUCGUGAACGGGAUCGUGCACAGCAAUCAGCCUGGGAAAAGAGAUGGGGAAGGGACCGAGAUCUUCCGCAUUACGACACGGGCAGAGAACACGAACGGGAUCAUGGUAGGGGACGUCCCCGUGCCCAACGCCACGAUGACUGGGAUGAUGACUACUAUCGCGGUUAUGACGGCCGCGUCCGGCGAGGUUGA